AUGGCCACCUCCUCGUCGCGAAAACGCCGGGCUGCAAUACCCCCGACUUUCGUGCAUCACCAUAUGACACCAAUCGCAGACCUCGUUGGAGCCCCGGUUGAUGCUCCUCUUGCCACGACAAUCCAUCGCGUCACCAGCGACAAUCGACGUGUCCGCACCGAAACUGUCUUGGUUUCACCAUCCUCUCCCGUCAAACGCGCCCGCCUCAGCCAUCUAGCGCGUCAGGAGCCUCUGCUUCCUUUGCCUGGGGACGAGCCGGAGAGAUAUGAGAUUGGCUCCGAGUCUGACGAUGCUGGGCCUUCAAGUAACCCUGCCGGUGCUCGUCAAAGUCAGCCAGCUCUCAACUUAUUACAGGAUAAAGCUAUGCAAGACUGGGCCGAAAAGUUUCGAGACAAGUACCUUCAGGCGAUGUUAUGGAGAAAUGGACGUGGCAAGCAGUCUGAACUGUGUGCCUCUUGCGGUAGCGGCUCCCAAAAAGCGAUCUAUCGUUGCGAAAGCUGCCACGGUGACCGCAUGGUUUGCGCCGAGUGCUGUGUUCAAGAGCACGAAACCAACCCAACCCAUUUCAUCGAGAAAUGGACUGGUGUCUACUUCAUGAGAAUCAGCUCUCGCGAACUGGGCCUUCGAAUCCAAUUUGGCCACUUGCUUGGACAGACGUGUCCUCUUCCCCGAACUGGCCGUCCCGACUUCGUCAUAAUUGCCGACAAUGGUAUUCACGAGGUUGGGGUCGACUUCUGCGGCUGCCAGAACAGCGACCCCAAUUACAUCCAACUGUUGAAAGCCGGCUAUUAUCCUGCAACGACCUCCUCGCCGCGAACGUGCGCGACAUUCUCUUGUCUUGACAGAUUCCAUUAUCUGUCUUUGCGUGCAAAAACGACAGCCUACGACUAUUACUCGACAUUGGAAUCGCUGACCGAUGGCUUGGGGAUCAAGCCCCCGGACCGUUAUUCCAUCUUCUUGAGAAUUUCCCGCCAGUAUCGACAUCUGAAGCUACUCAAGCGCAUGGGACGUGGCCACGAUGCAUAUGGGGUGAUGGGAACUGGGCCGGGUGAGCUCGCGCUCAAAUGUCCAGCUUGUCCGCGGCCAGGGGUAAACCUACCCGAAGGAUGGGAAGAUGCUCGUCCAGAAGACCAAUGCUUGUACAUCAUGUUCAUUGCCAUGGAUGCCUGCUUCCGUCUCAAACGGGCGGGCUAUUUCAAACGAGCUUCGAGACCCUGGUCUUGGAACGGGUUGGGCGUACAUGCUCGAAUGGCACCCCUAUCGCGAAUAUCUGUUGACGGUGACGGACCAGCAGGAGAUGAGCACUUGCAGCGGUCUGGCGGCUCUAGACCAUGCAAAUUCCAAGUUCUCCCGAGGCUAUAG